GUGAAGUAACGAAAAGCUCAAGCGGCGAUGAAUGUCCCGUAAAGAAGAAGAAAGCAAGAACAACGUUUACAGGCAGACAAAUAUUUGAACUUGAGAAACAAUUUGAACAGAAGAAAUAUUUGUCGUCAAGUGAACGGGCAGAAAUGGCAACACUUUUGAAUGUCACAGAAACGCAGGUGAAGAUCUGGUUCCAGAAUCGGCGAACAAAAUGGAAGAAGCAGGAAAAUAUUUCAAACGCUGAGGCGGCAGAGCAUAAGAAUGCUUUGGUGCGUGAGAAUCAACGAGAAUGCGGCGGCAAUGGUAGUGGUGGUGGUACUGGUGGUAGUGGUGGUGGAAGUAAUAGUAGCAGCAGUGGUAGUAGUGGUUGUGGCAGUGGGCGUGGCGGAAGCUCUGGCGGUGGUGGUGGCGGUGGCGGCGGUGGUAGUGGUGGUGGUGGUGGUGGUGGUAGCGGAAGUGGGCAGAUGAACAACUCUAAUAACCCAAGCCAUCAUCAUUCACAACAACAACACCAUCACCAUCAUCACAGCAGCAACAGCAGCAGCAGCAGCAACAACAACAACAACAACAGCAGCAACAGCAGCAGUAACAGUGCUAAUAUCAACUCUAAUAACAGCCACAAUAGUCACCACAGCAACAACAGCAACAGCAGUACCGGAAGUCGCAGCAGAACUAAUAGUCCGAGUCACGUGAUCGGCAAUGGCGCGGGUGGGGCGAAUGUGUAUUCGUCUUUACCCCCGUCGCCACCAGGGCAUCCUUCGUCAGCCAUGAUGCACCAAGUGCAACAGCAGUAUCAUCAUAAACAACAACAGCAGCUGUCGUCGUCGUCGUCAUCGUCGUCUUCUUCUUCUUCUUCUUCCUCUUCUUCAUCGUCGGCCAUGUUGGGAUCGGCGACAACAGUGUUACCGCCGCCGACCAUCAAUGGCCCGAAUCUUUCUUCACGGCAUCCUCCUCCUCCUCCUCCACCCCCGCCGCCGAUAUCCACUCUUCCACCCCCUCCCGGGGUAACACCACUGCAAUUCGCACACAUGGCGUCGUCGAAACAUCACAUGCAAAACCUUCAAACGCAGCAGCAACAACAUCAUCAUCACCAACAACAGCAGCAUCUUCAUCAACAGCAACAACAACAUAAGUUAUCGUCGCAUCAUCAUCAACAACCGCCACCACCUCCCUCACUGCCGCCUCUUCCGCCGCCGUUGCCACCUUCCCCACAACAGUCUCCAUCGCUACUUCCACCUCCUCACCAACAACAUCAUCAUCACCAGCAGCAACAACAACAGUCGAGAUCGCCGAUACAUCAUUCUCCCAUGUCCCCACAAGCAUCACUAUCGCAACAACACUAUACCCAUCAUCAGGCAUCACAACAACAACAGCAUCAUCUAAAGCAACCACGUUCUCCAAUACUGCUCAGACGAUCGGUGUCGCCUCCGUUGGACGUUGUCCAUACGCUCUCAGCGCCAUCUACGCCAAAUCCGAACGUACAUCACGACGACGAAGAAGAAGGAGUGCAGGCACAUGAACAAAGACAUGAAGAGCAAGAAGAGUUAGAAGUUCAAGAAACCCAAGAAGAAGAAGAGGAAGAAGAGGAAGGAGAGCAACGAUACCAAGAUCGUAAACAACAACAACAGCGACAAUCACCUCAUCACCAAGAGCGAGAAGGAGAAAGAAUUGGGAAAGAAGGUGAAAUUAAAGAGGAGGGAGAAGUUGUCGAAGAAGAAGAAGACGAAGAAGUCGACGUCGAUGGUCAAAUACCUCCUUCUCCGAAUCUGCAACAACAACAACAGCACCAUCCAACGCCGCAACAACAACUUUCUCCCCAAGCAAAUCUGCCACACAAUUCAAAGGACAUUAUUAAUAACAGAGUUUGUUGCAGUUCGGAUUCAGGUGAAAAUAGUCGAUCUCCCUCGAGAUCAGAUCGUCAACAGUUAUCUCCCGCUGAGGUGGUCGAUUACCAAAAUGUCUACAGUCCAGACGGUAAUAAUUCGAUGCCUGUCGUUAACGAACGAACGAACAGCACCACCUCUCGGCGUGACCGUUAUUCUAUCAACUACCAAGAAGAGACAAUGAUAGAAAGACCGUGUAGAACAAUGUCACAUAACGUUGACCAUCAUAGUGGAUAAAGCUGUACAGCAAAAAAAAGAAAAAAAAGAUCGGCAAAUAUGUUUAUAUAUAUAUAUAUGUAUAUAUAUAUAUAACCUUUCUCUCCAUCCCACCGUAAUGCCACGAAAAUUACCCCAGCCCCGUCUUCAUGAAUGAAAGACAACAGUUGAAUAAUAAAGAAACUAUUUUUCAGAAAGGCAACAUGCAAUACUGAAAAAAAAAGAACCUCUAAAAAAGAUGUGUGUGUAUAUAC